AUGUAUUUAGCCACGCUCAUCUUCCUUUAUGCCUUAAUUACAGAAACCAUCCUAAUCCUCGGCUACUCGUAUGUCACUCGCAGAGCAUACCAGUGGUACAUUAACUUUACAAAGGAUAAGAGGGUCGCCAAGCAACAAAAGCUCAAGAGGGAUUUGCUUGUAUUAAAGAACGAGUUAUCACAAACGAGCUCACAGGAUGAGUUUGCAAAAUGGGCCAAGAUGCGACGGAAGCUUGAUAAAGGGAUGGCUGAUUUGGAGAAGUUGACUUCCGAUAUCAAUUUCAGCAAGGCCAGCUUUGAACUUCGAGCCAAAUCUGUUUUAUGGUUUCUGGUGCAUGGUACACGUACGAUCAUUGUCAUGUGGUUUGCACGUCAAGCGACGUUUUAUCUUCCCAAGGGUUGGUUUGGUCCAGCGGAAUGGUUCUUGUGGAUGCCAUUGGCACCCAAAGGUGCUGUGAGUGUAGCCAUUUGGAUGUCGGCUUGUCGUCAAGUCAUCAAGCAAUCAGUGAGCAUGUUCAAUGAUUUCGUUUUACACAAGAUCAAGGCGGAUCCAGUAGACAAUUAG